AUGUUUUGACUUUUCUGAACGUGAACCGGAUAAUUUCAUUUUACUAUUUUGUAUACAAAAAUUUAAUUCAAAAUGAGCGACAUGGGCCCUGGUGAAUAUUUCGUUUGCGGUGGCUUCGGGGGAAUAUGCACCGUAAUCGUGGGACACCCCUUGGAUACUAUAAAGGUCCGAUUGCAAACAAUGCCGAUUCCCAAACCCGGGGAGGUACCCUUGUAUGCAGGAACGUGGGAUUGCAUGAAAAAAACUGUUAGAAAUGAAGGUUUCAAAGGUCUUUAUAAAGGCAUGGGCGCCCCAUUGGUAGGCGUAGCCCCGAUAUUCGCGAUAUCCUUCAUGGGUUUCGGAGUGGGUAAAAAAGUCUUUGGCCCCAACGACGGCACUUGCCUGAAUUACAAGCAAUUAUUUGCCGCUGGGGCCUUCUCGGGAAUAUUCACCACCUUAAUAAUGGCCCCGGGAGAAAGAAUUAAAUGCUUGCUGCAAAUACAACAGGGAUCAAACACUAAAAUGUAUAACGGGCCUCUUGAUGUUGUUAAAAAGCUUUAUAAGCAAGGAGGAAUUUCGAGUAUUUACAGAGGAGCUGGGGCUACUCUGUUGAGAGAUAUUCCCGCUAGCGGAAUGUAUUUCCUAACGUACGAAGCUAUCAAGGAAUACCUCACCAAAAACGGCGAGUCGCCUAGUAUUUUAGGAACCAUCAUUGCUGGCGGAACUGCCGGUACUGCCAAUUGGUUGAUAGGAAUGCCUCCCGAUGUGCUAAAAAGCAGGUUACAAACAGCUCCCGAAGGAACUUAUACAGGAAUCCGAGAUGUCUUCAGACAGUUAAUAAAGUCCGAAGGACCUGCAGCUCUCUAUAAGGGACUGAUUCCCGUGCUGCUUCGAGCGUUUCCGGCGAAUGCGGCUUGUUUCGUGGGCUUUGAGCUGUGCAAAAAUUUUCUGGAUUUUGUUUUCCCUAAGAAACUGAAACCGAGAACUCCAGAGCAGCUGGAUUUCAAGACGGAUUAGCAAUUAAACGGGUCGGAUGAUUUUAUAGGGGUAUUAUCGCUGAAGGGUGCAGCUGUUUAUUAAAAUUGUUAUAAUGUUGAAAAAAUGAACGAAUGUGAUGUUUGAAUUAGUAGCAGUAUUAAUGAUGCGAUAUAUUAAUGUUUCGUUGUGAACGUAACUAGUGUUUUGUUCACGUCACAUUUGUUCAUUUUUUGUCUGAUGUAGUACUUGUAAAUUAUUAAAACGUGGAAGGUGGCCUUAUCUCGACAUAUUUUUAGGUCUAAAAUUAAAAAUCGAAUUUUUGAAUGUUGAACAUGUCAUAGUUUAUUUUUCACAUCACGCACAAUUUUUAUAAAUUGUACCAGUGCUUCCCUUUCUUAAGAAACUGUAUUGUUACAUAAUAUUUGGCAAAUUUUUAAUAUUGUAAUGUUAUUAUCGAAUAAAUGAUUUUCUAUAUUCAUACAAUCGUUUUUUAAAUUUAUUAGAAGAAACGGUGAGAUAUAAUUCAAAAUUAUAGUUAAAAUUUAUCUUUGACUGGUAUCUCUGCUCUUAUACACUAUUCCACGGCUCUUCAUUUCUCGAAUUAUACUAUUAGGUAAACGGCCGGAUACUGAUAUAGCAUAUACCCCUCGACAAAACCGAUCUAAAACAAUUCAUUUAAUAUAGCAUGCUUGUUACAAAUUACUCGUUAAGGUAAAUAACUU